AUGCCACCCACCCAGCUUCCGGAGUCGGGAAACCCCCUGGUUUUCUUCGACAUCACUCUAGGAGGUGAACCCCUCGGCCGCAUCACCUUUGAGCUCUUCGCCGACGUCGUCCCUAAGACGGCCGAGAACUUCCGCCAGUUCUGCACCGGCGAGCACAAGGACAACCUCCGCCGGCCGCAGGGCUACAAGGGCUCCAAGUUCCACCGCAUCAUCCGAGACUUUAUGUGCCAGGGCGGCGACUUCUUGCACGGCGACGGCACGGGCUCGACGUGCAUCUACGGCACCAAGGCCUUUGCCGACGAGAACUUUACCCUCAAGCACGACCAGCCCGGUCUGCUGUCUAUGGCUAACGCGGGACCCAAUAGCAACGGCUCCCAGUUCUUCAUCACGACGGUGCCGACGCCCUUCCUCGACGGCAAGCACGUCGUCUUCGGCAAGGUCGUCGACGGCAUGGACAUCGUCAAGAAGAUGGAGAUGACCAAGACCGGGUACAAGGGCAAGGACGUGCCCAACCUGGACGUCGUCAUCGCGCAGUGCGGCGAGAUGUGA